CCCGCCCGCUUCCUUCAGUAUGUGGGAGCUGCGACCCCUCCUGCUGCUGCUCUCGGGGGCCCUGGCCCUGACCCAGGCCCGGGCGGGCCCCCACUCCAUGCGGUAUUUCGAAUUCGGUGUGUCCCGGCCCGGCGGGGAGCCCCGCUACAUCGAAGUCGGCUACGUGGACGACACGGAGUUCGUGCGCUUCGACAGCGACUCGGCGAGUCAGAGGGAAGAGCCGCGGGCGCCGUGGGUGGAGCAGGAGGGACCCGAGUACUGGGAGGAGGAGACGCGGAGAGCCAAGGGCAACGCACAGACUUUCCGAGGGAACCUGAACACCGCGCUCGGCUACUACAACCAGAGCGAGGCGGACUCUCACACCUUCCAGAGCAUGUACGGCUGCGACGUGGGGUCCGACGGGCGCCUCCUGCGCGGGUACAGUCAAUACUCCUACGACGGCGCCGACUACAUCGCCCUGAACGAGGACCUGCGCUCCUGGACGGCGGCGGCGGGCACGCAGGCUUGGAGAACCCAGCGCAAGUGGGAGCAGGAGGGUGGGGCUGAGUAUGAGAGGAACUACCUGGAGAACAUCUGCGUGCCUUGGCUCCUCAAACACCUGGAGCACGGGAAGGACACGCUGCUGCGCGCAGAAGCCCCCAGAAGCCACAUCACGCACCACCCCUUCUCUGACCAGGAGGUCACCCUGAGGUGCUGGGCCCUGGGCUUCUACCCUGCCGACAUCACCUUGACCUGGCAGCGUGAUGGGGAGGACCUGACCCAGGACACAGAGCUGGUGGAGACCAGGCCUUCAGGGGAUGGAACCUUCCAGAAGUGGGCGGCUGUGGUGGUGCCUUCUGGAGAGGAGCAGAGAUACACGUGCCGUGUGCAGCACCAGGGCCUGCCGGAGCCUGUCACCCUGAGAUGGGAGCCCCCUUCUCAGCCCACCAUCCUCACUGUGGGCAUCAUUGUCGGCCUGGCUGUCCUCGGGGCUGUGGUCAUUGGAGCUGUGGUGGCAGCUGUGAUCAGCAGGAGGAAGCGCUCAGGUAAGAUGGGGUCUUCAGAGUUCUGA